AUGGCUGGCGAAGCGGCCAAGUUAAAGCGGGACUGCUCCUCGGCGACCCAGAAGGAAAAGAAAACGGAAUGCCCCACGUUGGGCGCCAUUUUCCUGAACGAGGAGGCAGAGCUGUCCAGUAGCUCGGUUAGCACCAACAGCACAUCCGAUCCAGAUGCGAACGCCAAAGUGGACGAUGAUCCUCAGGUGAGCCUGUACAGUCCGCUGGCUGGGGAUUCGGACAACGAACUGGACGAGGUGGAGGUCUUCUGCGAAGAGACCAUCUCCCUGCUGGCCCACGAGAUCCUCUGCUGCGAGGGUGACAGCGAUUCGGAGGCGGAGACGGAGACAGAGACCGAUGGCGAGGACACCGACGAGGCCAAGGACAAUGACAAGCUGGAGGAGAUCCUGGAGUACGGCCUGCACAAUCCCUACCAGCUCAUGUUCAGCGAGGAGGACGACGAGGAGGAGACCCCAGAUGAAAGUCCCAAGACGGAGGACAGCUUGCCGAUCCUGCUGGACGAGGAUCAACCCAGCGAGGAGAAGCCCGAGGUGAACCAGGCAGGUGCUUUCUACUAAAGAAAAUCUGGGUUACUGC